AUGUCCCUCGGUCAAAAUUUGGCCUGGAUGCCCCCAGGCCACCUGCGACCCCCGGACGAUCACCAUCCCGAUGCGCGCGGUGUCAAUGCCCUUUCGAGAGUAUCGUCUGGUACUCGGACGCCUCAAAUGCGCUUUUCUAACAGCGAACAAGGCUCCCAGGCCGGGAAUUUGAUCUCCGACGUUGACACUGCUGCGGAGGAAGAUGCUCGCAUCACACUUUUUCGCGACCUCUACAAUCGCAGCGAAGCUAAGAUCAACGAUUUGUUCAGCGCGAAACGUAGUGAAUCUGUACCCUCUGAGGAAGAUGCGAUGGUACUCGAAGCCCCGGAAAUUACUCCGGCGCGCCCCCAAGACUCCGAGCGACCAGCCAAGAAAGCUGCGCGGAAAAUCGACGACGACGAUUACGAUGAAUACGAUGACGAGGAAGAUAGCGAAGCGCAGGAAGACAUCAACGCGUCUCCGUUGAAAGCCAAAUCUGCUGCAACACCCUUUCACGAUGCGACGCCCGCGCAACGACCGUCUCCCGCGAUAGGUACCCCUGCUGACAGUGGUAAAGAUACAAAGAAAGACACAUUGGAAGGAAUAAGGAAGAAGCUUGAGGAGGGCAAGAAGGCGACAGAAGAGGCUGCCCGACAAAGCUUCCAAACCAUUUUCUACACCCUGGAAAACGACCACGAUGCGAUGAAAGAACAGGAACGACUCGAGGAAUCGGAGAGGCUGGUGGAAGCUGAAAUGUCCGGACAAGGUGUCAACAGCGGUGGGAACAAUGUGACCAGUGGCGCCAAUGGAUACGGCUCSCUGAGCAACGCCAACCUCGGUGCUUCCAGCCUGACACUGAAGAACCUUAUCGCUCGCAUUGAUAUGAAGCGCACAAUGGUGCAAGCAUCAGAUGCCGAACUUCGCAGCUUGAUGAGUGAGGUUCGCAAAAAUCGUAGUAAGUGGGCUAGCGAAGAGAAGGUUGGACAGGAAGAACUCUAUGAAGCCGCCGAGAAGGUUUUGAGCGAACUAAAAGCAAUGACUGAGCACUCAUCGUUCUUCUUGUCUCGAGUCAAUAAGCGCGAGGCUCCCGACUACCAUACUAUUAUUAAACAUCCGAUGGACUUGGGUUCCAUGACAAAGAAGUUGAAGACAUUGCAAUACAAAUCAAAACAGGAAUUCGUCGACGACCUUAACCUGAUCUGGGCCAAUUGUUUGAAAUACAACGCUUCACCGGAACACUUCCUGCGCAAACAUGCCCUAUACAUGAGGAAAGAAACGGAAAAGCUGGUCCCUUUGAUUCCUGAUAUUGUGAUCAGAGAUCGCGCAGAAGUGGAAGCAGAAGAACGGAGACUCCAGCUUGCAGAAAUGGACGGUGCCGAAGAAAGCGAUGAUGAACCUAUCAUUUCGUCAAGAGGUAGAAAAGCUCCCGGGAAGACAUCCCAGAAAGGAGCAGCCCCAAGCCGACAAACGCCAAGUGGCUCAGAGGCCCCAUCUGGACCAUCAGGCUCCCAACCCAAGAACUCAGUUGGCCCCGACGCAGAUGGACUGGCAGAGGGAAGCCAAAAUGGCUUGUCAACUCCACCUCCAGGAACAUUAACGCCCCUUGGAGUGAAUGGCCUUGGAGCAGCUGGCUCUGGUAGUCAGCUUGACGCCAUGGAAAUGGACAGUUUUGUUGCGCCUGCUUUGACAAUCGCCGGUUCUUCUGCGAUAGGUUUUGAUUACGAUGACCCUGAAUAUCAAGUUUGGAAACAAGUCACUAAAAAGGACCGCGCUCUCAUUGCAGCUGAAAGACAUCGUCUUUUCAAAGGAGACAAACUCAACGUUGAAGAACCCGCCCUGCUUCGUACCAAGACUGGCAUGCGCAGAUGGCUCAAAAAUCAGAAACAGGCUGGCCCUGAAUCUGAUAAAGCCGUCGAGUCUCAGAGCAAUGCCUUGCAGCCGGGGACGAGUGAGACGCUUGCAGAGGGAAUCGAGGAAGAAGAUGACAGGGUAAUUCCAGACUAUUACGAUGUCAUGUCAGGCAUCCCAGACAUUCCAGCACAUCUCGCAUGGCGCGAAGAUGCUGAGGGUAAUGUUGUCGACAAUCUUGAGGAAUUCUUGCAUAUUCUGCCGAAAGGAUCGUUUACACAACCUGAUAGCAAAUUGUCUCGAAGGAUGGAUGCUAACAUGCGACAAAUGCAAGAGACGAGGAAGAUUUGUUCUAAAGUUAGCAUUGUCAAGCAGAUGCAGCUUCAGUCCCAGGUGUAUCAGAACCAAUUUCAGAAAUACCAGCCUGAACCAUUCGUGGAACAGGAUGUGUCGACGCAUGUUAUGAAUGAUGAAGGACCUGUGAUCAAUCCAUGGAUCUCGAAAGCCGUACUUCAGCGGUCGGUUGGGAAGAUUCUGUACCAUACUGGAUUUGAAGAGUAUCAACCAUCAGCUUUGGACGCCAUCACCGACAUUGCUUCUGAAUUCUUCGUGAAAAUUAGCCGAACUCUGAAAGAGUACAUGGAGGCACCAAAGAUCGCAGUCGCUGAGGCCUCUGAUACGUCGAACCCAAAUACCGCGCAGUACAAGUCGCAAUAUACGCAGCAGGAAGUCAUUCUUCAUACUCUUUCGGCGGUGGGCACUGAUGUUGAGUCUUUGGAGUCAUAUGUCAAAGAUGACAUUGAACGCGUUGGAACAAAACUUGGUGUCAUUCAUGAGCGUCUCCGUGCCCACUUCACAGAGCUCCUUCGACCAGCUUUCCAUGAUGCCACUGGUGAUGGCUCAAAUGCAUUCAACGACGGGAGCGAGCAAUUUGUUGGGGGUGACUUCGCGGAGGAUAUUGACGAAGAUUUCUUUGGUUUCAAGGAAAUGGGCUUGGAUAGAGAGUUUGGUCUUGCUAGUUUGAGUGUGCCGUUUCAUCUUCUUCAAAACAGGAUGUACAAUGCACACCAAUCACAGAACACAAGCACUUCCCAAACCACGAGCAAUCUAUUCCCCGUCCCACCUCCCUAUCCGCAUGUUACAAUGGAGUCGCUGCCUUCACAAAUCGGACUGGUACAGAAUUUUUUCUUGCAGAAAUUGCAGGCCAACGGCGAAGAACCUAUUACGGAGGAUCUCGAGCUUCCUCUCAAACAACGACCGUCUCGUCCAAAGCUUCCAGGAUCAGGAAAGAUUGUUCCCCCCAACAAUUCCAAUCUCACAACAAGCCCUCAGAAACGACCCUUACCGCCAAGCAUUGCACAAAUAUCUUCGAGUAAAGGAGCGAUCAACUUUGCAGAACCUAGCAAGAAGAAAGCUAAAAAGAAUAAUGGUACUGCUGCCGACGCAUCUUCGUCGACUACGAUGGCACCUCCAGGCAACGAAGACUCGUUUGCUUUAUCGAACGGUGACUCGAAGCUCUUGACAGAGAAUAAAUCUGCGGAUGAUCAAGCUCGCCUCAAACAGUCCGCCGAGCUUGCCAAAAGCGAUUUUGGGGCGACGCACGACGGUGUUGGCAUGACGGACUCUGGCGCUACGUUGACUGGAGAGCUUGAUCACCAUCAUGACAAACUUAAUGUGAUCAGCUCUGCCAACAAUGAGAAUGCCGUCGGCACAAACAGUAUGAUGAGCCCCGAAAGCAUCAACGGCCAUUCCUAG